CAUCCCAGAUAAAAAUGCAUAGCAAAUAAGGGCCGUUUCGUGGCUCAGUUCAGUAGUGUCAGGAUUGCCAGUACGAUCAGUGUUGAGAAUGGUCAGGUCGGUGAUGGUAUCGUCAGGAUUGGCAGUAUUGCCAGGAAUUUUCGUAUCGUCAGCAUUGUCGGUAUGGUCAGUAUUGUCGGUAUGGUCAGUAUUGUCAGUAUUGCCAGUAAUGUUAGGUCAGUAUUAUCAUUAUUGUGAGUAUUAGUAUUGUAAUAUCGUCAGUUUUGCCCGUACUGUCAAUAUUAUGAUAUUGUCAGUAAUGUCAGU